CACUUCCCCUGUCUUCCCUAACGCGACCUUUCACAUGCCAUGGCUGUCAAGGCAUAAUGCGAUCUACUGACAUCUACGAACCUGUUAACUGUUACUGCUGAGCAUCCUCAGCACGUAGCCACGGAGCCCAUGGAACUGGCGUACAGUGCCGUGAAGAGCCUUACAGGAGCAAUUCUCGGGAAGCGACUAUGGAGCGAGAGACAACAGGAAAAAAGCAGCAUCCUACCACCGCCAUUAAAACGGUGUUGUAUUAAUAAGCCUGCGUCUUUAGCUCUCAUCCCUCGUGCACCAGUUUCCAGCUUUCGCCUCGUUCCCGUGUGCGCUUCGUCAAGCAGGGACAGUAACGGGUUACGCAAUCACGCCUCCCAUUAUCGAGGCGCUGGUGCUUCGUCUGAAUCACACAAUCGAGCAACUCCAGUGGGUAGGCAUGGAAGCGACAGCGGAGCUCGCCGCCUCUUUGAUUAUGCUAGAGAGCCUUGUAUCGGGGACGCGGGUGUACGAGCUCAACGGGCUUUGGCCAAGGCAAGCACAGCAGGUAUCGGCGCAGCGGAUCUCACGAAUAACGCGAGUGUGACUAUAAUGGACGGUGUCCGGCCAGGCGCAUAUCUCACUGACGGGGGAGAACUGACUCAUAAUAACGGGAUCGUUAACCAGCCUAUUGACUUUAACGAGGACGUCUUAAUUUCGGCCGAUCUCCCCGCUGGGAGCGCCGUUAGCCCCGCGACACAAGCGCGGCGGCGCUUCAUAGAGGACAAGGGCGCGGGGGACAACGUGGCGGCGGAGCGGGCGGAGAUGCUUGCGCGCGUGCUUGCGCCGAGCGGAGACUGCAUUCCGCGGAUCAAGCUCGGCGCGGCAGGGGGGGCGGGGGGAGCUGCGGCCGGGUGGUCGGGGGAGGGGGAAGCCUCGCGCGCGAACACGACGCAGCCAAUCCGACGAGCCCAGCGACGAGCGCUCAGCGCGAAUGGCGGCGGGUCGUCUUCGUCGUUCCCGCUGUCUGCCGCCUCUGCGACCACCUUCGUCGCCGCGUGCGUCGUCGCUGCUGGCGCCGCUUUCGCACGGCACAAGUCGCUCCCAGCUCCGCCGGCUGCCUCUGUCUCAGCAAUGGUGGCGCCGGCCAGUCUCCCAGUCAAGGACCAGGUGCUGGGCCACUACGCGGUGGAGGAAGCACCUACAAGCGACCUGCGCCCCGUGCUGGGUGAUGGCAGUGUGCAGCUGCGCACGGCAGCAGCGCGCGCGUUCCUCUCCAUGCAGGAUGCUGCACGGCGGGAUGGCAUCUUCCUCACCCCGCUCUCAGGGUUCCGGUCGGUGAAGGACCAGCAGUCAGUGUUCUACGGAGUGAAGGCGGCUCGCAACCAGAACAUCAGACAGCGAGCCAAGGUAUCCGCCCCUCCAGGUUUCAGUGAGCAUCACACGGGCUACGCCCUUGACAUUGGGGAUGCGAAUUCUCCUGCCACACAUCUAGAGUUUGAUUUCGAAAACACCGAAGCAUUCUAUUGGCUGCAGAAGCAUGCAAACAGGUUUCACUUCGAGUUGUCCUUUCCGCCUGACAACACAAGGGGCAUCAUGUAUGAGCCGUGGCACUGGCGAUUUGUUGGCGACGAUCACAGCACGGUCACCUUUUAUGGCCAACGGGUGGUUACCCCGUAGCGAUCAUUCAUUGGUAUCCAUUGUGCAUAUGGAUGCACAUGGUAUAUUGACACUCCAUUUGCUACUCCUGUACAACUACCAUUACUCUUACCCUCCCCUUUCCAACCACUUGCUCAAGACUUCGCACGUGGUGCAAGGAUUGUCAAUCAACUUUCACCAGCUUUACCUUCGCUUUUCUAUCAAGGUGGUACUAGCAACCAGGUCAACCCCUCUUUCCAGCUCCCACUCCUACAGCAUGUGGCAUUGCCAUGCCUCCCUCCCUUCAGGAACUUGACGUCCACGGUACUUGGCAGCACUAGCUUCGUCAACCCCGAGAGAGUGUACCAGUGUACAUGGAUGUCAUCGUGCUCGUAACCAAAUCCAAACCCAAUCGGGCAGGGUCAAGAGACAUGCACCCACCAGAAACAUGGGCUGCCUGUUUGAACUUACCAGGAGGAUGUGCUGAAUGCACCUACAUAACAUAACUGUACCACCAGAAAAGUGUGCCUCUUCCUUGCAUCUAGGUACACGGAAAAAGAAGCACGUGCUGCUUGCACCUAGCAGAAGCAUGUGCUGCUCUGCUUGCUUGGAGGCAGCAGAAAGAGGCAUAGCAUGGGCU